UGGGAGGGAAACUAGUGAACUUAAAAAUUAACCUGAGAUAAAUAAAGCCUUAAAUUUAAGACUUUUUAAGUCUCUAAGGUUCGUCUCGGUGAUAAGAUCUAAGACCGUCUGGUAAUCAUUUUUAGCCAGAGUUUUCGACUAUACUCUGCACUACUCUUCAGUUUGUUUUACCUUUUUAUAGAUUGUAUUUAGGUAGGUACUAAUAGAAAUUAAAUAAAUCAAUAUUCAGGAAGGUACUUAUAUAUAAAUUUUUCUUAUGAUUUUGCUCCCAAACCAGCAAGAAUAAAUUAAAACUUUUAGCUUGUCUUGCAAAAAAUGCAAUAAAGUGAAUCUGAAUACUACCAAACACAAAAACUAUUAAAAGUAACAUACAAUAAUCUGUAUUUAAUCUUAAUUAAUUAAUUAAACAAUUUUAUUUCUUGAAUUUUCAUGAUAACAGAAUAAUUUUGUAACGAACAAAUUCAAAAUAAUCUGCUAACUUGCCGCCUUUUCCGCCAGAUGCACAAGUAAGACAAAUACUUGGAAACUCCUCCAAAUUCUCCUUACUUUUUACACCUUUUCCAUGGCUAAAAUAAAAUUAAAAUUACCCACAAUUUCUUUUUAAAGGACAAAAAAUGACCAAUGAACCCUUUCAAUGCAAAAAAAAACAAAAUAUCCUCCCUAAUAAAUAAAAAUAAAGGAAUAAAAAUAAAAAUUGGAGUAAUUCUCAGCACAUGUUCCAAACUCCAUUUCUCCAGUGGAAGGUCGUCGGUUGUGUCGCGGAAGUUUUUACUGCGAUACCGGCGACGUGUCAAAAGAAAAUUUUGUGCGGUGGCAUGUUUCGUUUUUAGAGUUUUUAGAGUAAUUUACCGUGAGCACCGGGCUAAAAAUGAGUCGUCCAAAGACACUAAAUCGCCAGACGGCCGGAUACGCGAGUUUAAUUACAUUUGCAGUGUUAUUCCUGGCCUGGGUGUCUGGGUUUUCGUCUCGCCUCUUUGCCGUGAUUCGAUUCGAAUCCAUCAUCCAUGAGUUCGAUCCCUGGUUCAACUACCGGGCCACGGCGUAUAUGGUGCAGCAUGGCUUCUACAAGUUCCUCAAUUGGUUCGAUGAGCGCGCUUGGUACCCUCUGGGGCGCAUUGUGGGCGGGACCGUGUACCCGGGGCUCAUGAUCACCUCCGGCAGCAUCCACUGGCUGCUCCAUCUACUCCACAUACCCAUCCACAUUCGUGAUAUUUGCGUCUUUCUCGCACCUAUCUUUAGCGGGCUCACAGCCAUCUCCACCUACUUGCUCACGAAGGAGCUGUGGUCAGCCGGAGCGGGGCUCUUUGCGGCCAGUUUCAUUGCCAUUGUACCCGGGUACAUUAGUCGCAGUGUAGCCGGGAGCUACGACAAUGAAGGCAUUGCCAUCUUUGCCCUCCAAUUCACCUACUUCCUCUGGGUGAAGUCCGUGAAGACGGGAUCUGUCUUCUGGGCCGCAAUGGCAGCUCUAUCCUACUUCUACAUGGUAUCCGCAUGGGGAGGAUACGUCUUUAUCAUUAAUCUCAUCCCCCUCCACGUAUUUGUACUCCUCAUCAUGGGUCGUUACUCACCACGCCUCUUCACAAGCUACACCGUCUUCUACAUCCUCGGCCUUCUGCUCUCCAUGCAGAUUCCCUUUGUGGGAUUCCAGCCCAUUCGUACUAGUGAGCAUAUGGCUGCUUCUGGGGUGUUUGUCCUCCUCAUUGCUGUCGCCCUGCUCCGUCAUAUGCAGACAGUUCUCACAAAGCAGGAAUUCCGCAGAGUUUUCAUCAUUGGUGGACUCUCAGCAGCUGGCCUUGUAUUCCUUGCUGUUGUCAUUCUCACGAUAUCCGGUGUUGUAGCACCAUGGAGUGGUCGCUUCUACUCCCUCUGGGACACUGGCUAUGCUAAAAUUCACAUCCCAAUCAUUGCAUCUGUGUCGGAGCAUCAACCCACCACGUGGUUCUCCUUCUUCUUUGAUCUCCACAUUCUCGUUUGCACAUUCCCCGUGGGUCUCUGGUACUGCAUUAAACGCAUCAACGAUGAGCUCGUCUUUGUCAUUCUCUACGCCAUCAGUGCUGUCUAUUUUGCCGGAGUUAUGGUGCGCCUCAUGCUCACACUCACUCCCGUUGUCUGCAUUCUCAGUGGUGUGGCAUUUUCCGGACUCCUUGAGGUCUUCCUAAAGGACGAACAUGCACCAUUGAAUGCAACGGGUGGAGUAGUGGAAGCAGAAGAGCCCGUAGAGAAGAAGAAUAUGUACGACAAAGCAGGGAAAUUGAAACAUAGACCAAAGCACGAGGCCACAUCCCAUGAUACCGCCAAUGCUGGAGCAGGUGGAAUGGGAUCGAAUCUCAAGAGUGUGGUGAUUGUGGCCGUCCUUAUGAUUCUCAUGAUGUUCGCUGUCCACUGUACGUGGGUAACGAGCAAUGCCUACUCCAGCCCAUCAAUUGUGCUGGCUUUCUACAAUAGCGCCGAUGGGACACGCAAUAUUCUCGAUGAUUUCCGCGAGGCAUACUACUGGCUCUCCCAGAAUACAGCUGAUGAUGCCCGGGUGAUGUCUUGGUGGGACUAUGGGUAUCAGAUAGCGGGAAUGGCAAAUCGGACGACUCUAGUGGAUAAUAAUACGUGGAAUAACAGCCAUAUUGCCCUCGUUGGUAAGGCAAUGUCCUCCCCUGAGGACAAGGCGUAUGAGAUUAUGACUUCACUCGAUGUUGACUAUGUGUUGGUGAUCUUUGGCGGUGUUAUCGGCUACUCUGGAGAUGAUAUCAACAAAUUCCUCUGGAUGGUGCGAAUUGCCGAAGGAGAACAUCCCAAGGAUAUUCGUGAAAGUGACUUCUUCACAGAUCGUGGAGAAUUCCGUGUGGAUGCCGAAGGAGCACCUGCCCUGCUAAACUGUCUCAUGUACAAGUUGAGCUACUACAGAUUCGGAGAACUCAAAUUGGACUACAGAGGAGCUGCCGGAUACGAUCGCACACGCAAUUCCGUAAUUGGCAAUAAAGAUUUUGAGCUGACGUAUUUGGAGGAGGCAUACACAUCGGAGCACUGGCUUGUGCGUAUUUAUCGCGUGAAGAAGCCCCACGAAUUCAACAGGCCAAACCUCAAGGAGGACGAAAGAGUGUUCCCAUCGACCGAUUAUGUGUCACGAAAGACUUCAAAGAGGAAGAAAGGCUUCAUCAAAAACCGGCCAGUUGUCGUGAAGGGAAAGAGAAAUGCAGGAACAAAAUAAAGAAGGUGAUGUACAACAACUUUUUCUAUCACACCACAACAUACUUUUGCAGUGUCCAAUAUUUAAAAGAAAAUGGAUAAAAUAGAUUUUAUGCGGAAAAUGAAAUAUUAAAAUUGAGAAAGAAUUGCGAGGAAUACAUGAAAACAAAACAAGUAAAAAAAAACACUCAUCAAUCCACAUUACCCCAAUAGUUUUGGAUGAACAAAAGAAUAAUUAAAUAUUAGCCCAAAUGUUGCUCCAGUGGAAUGAAUAAAAAAAAACGUAAAUGAUAAAAAUACAGAUAAAAUUAUUUUCAUGUGGCCUUAAAAGUGUCCAGUCGACUUUUUUGUGUGUUGAGAAAGCAAAACCAUUCAAAAAAAAAAAGAUAUGCGAGACAGAUAAGAAGAGAGAUUAAACACGGAAUUGGCCAAUAAUAUGAGGAUAAGUCUCUGAUAUGGAUUUCAUGGCGCGAUGAGGCGAUUUUUAGGGAGAGAGAAAUGCGUUAAUUAAAAAAUAUUGUAGAAACAAUUGAAACAUUCAUAAUUAAUUUGUACAACUAUUCGUGUGAUCAUACCAAGCUCUUUGAAAAAUGUGUAAUAGAUUCAAAACAACAUGAUGAAGAACAUUCAUUCGUUCGUACUAGGCACUUUGAUUGCAAUUAAAAUGUUUGAUUAAAUGUUUAUUAAUUAUUUUUCCCGCUUCAGGGAAGGAAAAAAAAUGUAAAAGAUUCACUUUUGAUUUGCCGUCACGAAAGUCACUGAAUUAUUAUUAAUUUUUUUUUUCGGAUGAAAUUCCCUGUUUUCUGUUGAAAUUUAUUUUGCGUAAAUUGUAUUAUGUAUAAAAUAAUAAAAUAAUUAUUAAGUACAUAAAUUUUGGGUAAUAAAUGAUGGCGGAAAAGUUGGAUGUGAAAAUAA